GCCGUGAACGCGACUCCGCACCGUACUCCACCAAAAUGGCGCUAGCUACCAACAGUCCGGCGGACAGCAAAACGCUUCUAGCGAGAUACUAUAGCCUGCCGCAACCUGAAGACAAAAUUCAGUUGAUGUAUAUUUGGAUCGAUGGGACAGGCGAGAAUUUGCGCUGUAAAACGAUGACUGUGGAUCAGGAGCCAAUGACUCCUGAAGAUUGUCGAUGGUGGAACUUUGACGGAAGCAGUACAGGACAAGCCGAAGGUUCAAAUUCCGAUGUCUAUCUGAAGCCAUGUGCCCUAUUUCGGGAUCCGUUUCGGGGCGGCAAAAACAAACUGGUUUUGUGCGAAACCUUCACCUACGAUAUGCAGCCACACGCCACCAACCACCGACAUUUAUGCAAUAUCGUCAUGGAGAAAGCCAAAGAAUUUGAACCGUGGUUUGGCAUCGAACAAGAAUAUGCUAUGAUGGAUACCGACAGCUACCCACUACAAUGGCCAAAGAACGGUUUUCCUCAGCCACAAGGGCCCUACUAUUGCUCUGUUGGAGCUGGCAAGGCACUGGGGCGAGACGUACUGGAAGCACACUAUCGCGCUUGUCUCUAUGCCGGAGUGGAAAUUUGUGGUACUAAUGGGGAGGUCAUGCCCUCACAGUGGGAAUUUCAAAUCGGCCCAUGUGUGGGUGUUGCAGCCGGUGACCAUCUGUGGAUGGCGCGUUUUCUCCUGCACCGAGUAGCCGAGGAUUUUGGCGUCGUGAUCAGUUUUGAUCCUAAGCCCAUGCCCGGUGACUGGAAUGGGUCUGGGGCGCAUACAAACUAUUCCACAGCCUCAAUGCGUUCUAAAGAGACGGGCAUGAAGGCGAUUGAAGAGGCUGUCACCAAACUCGCACUCCGUCACAUGGAACACAUUCAAGUUUACGAUCCCAAAGGUGGGGCGGACAACAGUCGCCGGCUGACUGGUCAACACGAAACCAGUAGUAUCUAUGGUUUUUCUUCCGGUGUGGCCAAUCGAGGCAGCAGCAUCCGAAUCCCACGUCAAGUUGCCGAGGACGGCUGCGGUUAUCUUGAGGACCGUCGCCCGUCUGCGAAUUGUGAUCCUUACUGUGUGACUCGAAUCCUGGUUGAAACAACGUGCCUGUGAUUGUGCUGCGGGAUAAGCGAGGUUCAGUUGCUUUCCGUCAGGGUCAUGCCAAUUGUGUUCACAACUAUGGUUUCCCGGUUCGCCCAUGGACAUUGUUUUUUACUCAUUCUGAAAAAUUUCUUUAGAACUCGUGCUAUUAACUUGUCAUUGACUAGCGAAAUCAUUUCACAAUGCAGCAGGAUUUUGGUAACCAGGUUACCGGUAGUUAGUUGUGUCAUGUGUGCUUUCAUCUAUUUUUUGUACCGAAAACUACUCUGUCCAUCGCAUCGCUUACGUAGAAAAAAGCAUCAUUUUUAUGUUCAACACAGC